UAUGGCGGCCAAUGUGAAACUGCUGUCUUUAGCCGCUAGUAGAGAAGUUUUUAUGAGUUCAGUGCAGUUUGUUUUGGGGAACUGGCCAGCGAUUCGUGUGUCCGUAGAGCAAUGUUUUGGAGGACAAUACAGUAGGGAGAAGGAGAGAUGGUUACAAGAGGUUAUAUACAAUGUAUUUAUGGAAAAUGGCUCACUAGAUCCUGUGGACAUUGAAGAUUAUUUGGCAGAGAUAUUAACUAAUGAAUUUAAUGUCAUAAUUGAAGAUGGCAGCCUUGCAAAGGUUUCUGAAAAACUGUGCCAUUAUUAUCAACUUUGCAAGAAAGGAGAACAUGUGAAGGUAGCUGAAGAAAUGAACUCUAUAAGAUUACCGAAAAUGAAUGUGAAAUAUGAAGAUGGUAAUAAUGAUGAUGUGGAAAUGCAAGAAAAUGGCGAGGUUGCAGAACAACUUGAAGAAUUGCAACUCACAGAUGCCAGAAGUUUGCAUUCAGCCAAAAAAACAACAGCUGUUUCUGAGGACAAUAGUUCAGGUUUAACCAGGACAAAUAAUGCCUCGUGUGAUGACGCAAAACGUGGCGAGGAAGACGAAGGAUGGGUAGUUGUGGAACGGGGUCAUAGCAGAAAAAAAAGAUCAUAAGUAACCCAUUAAAUGUAUUCAAUCAUACCGUUCAUGCAGCACUACAGUCUUGAAGUACGUUGAAAUUUGCAAGUUGCUUGUACUGUCGUUGUACAGCGCUGUGAAAUUACGCAAAAAAGGUAUACACAGGUCGAACAGAAACGAGCUUCAAGUCAGUGCUUUUAUUUGUUGGAUUUCAUCACCUGCCUUUCUAAUUUGUUGGAUUUCAUCACCUGUCUUUCUAAUUUGUUGGAUUUCAUCACCUGCCUUUCUAAUUUGUUGGAUUUCAUCACCUUAUCUUCGCGAAACGAGGACCUGCCACAGGUGAUAGCUACAGAGCAUUUCCAAAUUUCUAGAACCUCUCCGUACUCAAUCGCAGUACAUGACGAACAUUUUUAUGUAAAAAUGAAUCCAAACGCAGAAUUAAGUUCUUAUUGGAGCAAGUAGAUUUCAACUUUUACCAAUAUAUAAUGGAAACGUUUUAUCAUUAAAUUAGAUAUAAGGGAUUAUUUGAUACAGACUGGUGGUUAGUAAAGAAUGCAGGAUUAGGGCUAAGCAGUGGAAUUACGUACGGGGUCAUUGUAUCAUGCGAUGUCGAUUCCAGUACAUUCGUGUUUAAAAUCAGCAUGUUAUUAAAUGACGAAAUUGCAAAAUAUACAUGUUAUUUAUCUUUUUUGGAACCAGAAAUAUAGCUAGAUAUAUUAUACAG